CGUUGGAAUAAUUAAGCCUCAUUCAUCUAGCCCAGUCUGCGCAAUAUAAGGCGUGACUUCACACCCUCAUCCUCUGCGAGAGUGGUCUGCAAGCGGGCUUUGAGGAGGCGCGAUGCCAUGUAUAGACAGACAUUCGGAGAAGGGGAGGGGGGAGGCAGAUAGGCGUGGGGCUGUCUGUGGAUGGCGAGCAGCAGCAAGACCAGAUCCGGCCACGAGGGGCCAUCUGCGCCUAUGGAUCAGAGAAGAUGCUUCAACGACGACUACCAUCUCGCCUCCUCUUCCGAAACGCAUUUGAUUGCAUCUUGAAACUCUGCACGCGGACACAACGAUGGCUUCCACGAAGCCUGGCAAUAGCGCAAGCGCAAGUCCAAACUUUGUACGCAGUCGGUAUGAACAGUACAAGCGUGACACCAAAGAAAUUGCCAAUUGGCUCGGUAAAGAAGCGCUCAGGAACGGGUUCGAUCUGGGAGACUCAGUAGCAAGUAUGCUGGGCGCAGGAUACGAGGAGAACAAUGAAAAGAAGAGGAAGAAAAACAAGAAGAAGAAGAAGACAAUGAAGCACAAGAGCGAAGGGACCGCAUGCGUCUCGACACCCCUCGCGCAGCUCAGCUUGGGCGAAGCGCACCAUCCUGCAAAGGAUGACGAUGCAGCGGUUGCCUCUGCUGCUGAUGUCACGACAAAGCACGGUCCCCCUGAGCAAAAUCUCAAGGGCAGAUACAUUCUCAAGACGUACCACUACAAACAAAUUGCACAUUACCUGGUCCAAAAACACGUGACCAUACCCAUCGAGGUCAGAAGACUCGUGCGACGAUGCAGCAUCCGCAGAUCAAGGUUUCUCGAGGACGCUGCCGAUGAUGCCGCUUAUUGUGCCAGCGGUCAUGGCCACUUCAUCAAAGUUCUGGAAGAUGUGAGCAAGAUUUUUGAAAGCUCUGCAGUACCCGACAACAAUACGAAGCCAACGAACGCUGCCGAAAAACGCACUUUUUGUGAAGCGCAAUCACACAACGCGUUUGCAACGCUUGCCAACCUGGCUGAUGAGGAACAGGGCACAGAUGUUCCUGACGUCUUCUUGCCCGCGAGCAAGCCCCUCAAAGGGCAGAAAGACUUGGCUGACCAGGCUUCUUUUGAGGUGGAGAUCAACAAGGACUAUGCAAUCACUCUCCUGCUCAGUUUUUACGGCGAUCUUAACGAAGUCAGGGAGCAUGUCAGAAAGCUCUGGAUCGAUUAUCGCGAGGGUCGUAUAGACCUGAUCACAGCGGCCGUUACCAGCAAUACUGCUCUCGAAUUACUCCGCGAGCCGCACGAGGAGGUUAUGAAGACCAUCAGCACAUUUUUUGAUGAGUGGCGAGAUGCUCUUCAUCCGCUCUAUGUGGCGCGCCAAGGGCAGGUCGUACGCUGGUCACAAGUCGUCAUGGACAUGCCGCAAUAUGACGACCCUCAGCUCGGAAACUUUCCUCAAUCAGUCCACGACACAUAUGACUACCUCAUGAUCCCUGCGACCGCCGUCUUACAGCUCUUCAAGGAUGGACCACCACUGGAGCAGUGCUUUCGUGGAAAAGAAACGCUACCAAACGUUGGACACCGUCUCGAUAACACGCAUCCCACUUACGUGGCGACGACUGAUCCUCAGCUCUGGGACUAUUUGACGCGCGUUCAGCAGUUGAAGAUCAUAAUUUGCGAGUGCUUUCUCGACUACUGGUUCGUACAAAGCUCCAAAGUCGAAUUCUCCAAGCCGGUACACGAUGACACCCAAGACCUACCAAUCGAUGAUGCACCCCGACUUGUGGGCCGACUCGAACCGACCCACCACUACUUUCCCGAUGAGCUAUCCGUUGAGAUGGAGCGCUUCAAGACGACAAACGACAUCAGUCUAUUGCUCGUCUUCUACUCCCAGAUUCUCGUUGAUGUGGCGUGGACUCUCGGAACCCAGACACAGGAAGCUUACGAUGCCUUGAUCGGCGUGCUCAUUGAGAUGGAAAAGAAUUUGAUCAGACGCAAGCUGGUCGACACCAAUUCGAAACCUUGCGAUCACAAAAGCUGGCACUCCAAUGCACAGUGGAUAAACUAUUUCCAACAGAGAGUCAGGACGUUCGCCAACUUCAACAUUGUCAAUGACAAUAGGCAAAAGUUUCUUUGGAAAUUUUGGCCCUCGUACGAUGGCCCAUGGGAGAGUAGGAUGCUUCCACGCAACCCCAUCCUCUGCGGUGUGCAGCUUUUCAAUUAUCAGCUCGACUAUCGGGCCUAUGGUCGAGCCUUGGCGAACCAAUACGAUUCCAUCAUUACUACUGCCCACUUAGUCCUCGCUUGCCGCCGCCACGAAGUGUUCACUGGGGGCAAAGAUGACGGCCUCGAAUGGCCAGAUCUUGACUUUGUCAUCGGGCUUCACGGCAUCAAAGAUAUUUUUGGCGGACCGGUGCCUCAAUCGUUCACGCAAUCGAUCUGCACUUCCAUGCUUUACGCGAAGCUCGAUCGGCAAGACAUAGAUUUGGUGAACCGCCACUUCCGCGGCUCUAGCACGGAUGCGCACCAUGAAGCCGAAUGGGAUCGAAGAGAGUAUCACUGGGAAAAUGCGAACAUCAAAGGAUUGUCCGACCCCUCGCACCUGCUCACCAUUUUCAGAGAGAAGUCCGGCAUCUCACGAGCUUCCACGCAUAUCGACAUUGACUAUCUGGAAGGAAUUCUGCGCAGACUGAAACGCCAAGAAGACCCCGAGGCGAGCGAUAAGGAACUGGCAGGUGAUAAGCGCAGUAAACGCAGCAAAAGACAGGCGUCGAAGCUUUUGAGACGUGAACGCAAGCAUCAGGAGCGCAAGUAUUCCAUUGUUCAGCUUCUCUCCGUCCUCGAGGCCGGUCUGCAUAGCGAGGCGACGGGGAUACGCUUCGACUACAUGUCACUGCAUACGAGGUGCAACCAAUUUCUGCAGAUGGCAGAGAAGGAGAUCGAGAAGAAUCCUUUCUUCAACGAUUUGAACAGCGUGUUGGGCUGGAGCCAUUCUUGGAGUGGCAACACGAGAUUUCUCUAUGCAAUUCUAAUCUCUGUGAGAUUCUGCCUGGACAAGACAAUAGAAGGGGCGCGGCAGAUGGGCUUCCCGAUACGUGUGCUCAAGCGCGCACCAUUGGCCGCCUUUGAGGCUUGCACAGAAGCGUUGCGCCAUUUUCUCGAACUAGACCCGUCAGAGCUCGAGCCCAAGCGGCCGACUAUGAUGCCAGUUCGUAGCGCGCACUAAUCAGGGCAGGGCUUCUGCAGUUCUACAGAACAUUCAUCGCAUAACUCCCUCCCUCGAUAGCAAAGAUGUGACCCCUCACAUCUCGAUGGCUUUCAGCGCCAGGUCCCGGAAUUGUGCCUUCCUUUGGACCGACUUGCGACCGGAGGAGUGCAGCGAAGCGCGCCGAUCUUUUCCCACGCGAGCAGGCGGACCGCUUCGCUAGAUCGAAACUUUUUCUUGUCCUCCCAAAUCUCCAACGGCA